UCCGUCUUGGCAGCCCCUCACACUGCUGCCUCUGUGCCAACAACAGCCCGAGUAUCGGCAUGCUGUUGCCACCGACGCGGAUCCGGGCAGUCCCUGCCUGCAACAUAAAAACCUCCAAAAUGCUUCCUCUCUGCAAGGGUCUACAGUGGGUAGCAGCCCACCACCAACGGAGUGUAACAGUGGAUAAAGUAAAGGAGCUGGCUACCGCUCUUUCUUCAUCCAUGGACAGAAAAUUUCUGAGGAUGGAGUACAACACUGUGCUUUCAGAAACCACUGCUCUGGACCCCCGGUUUAAAAAGGUAGCAUUUCAUGACAGCAGAGCUGUAGAUGAGGCAUUUCAAAGAAUAAGUGCAGCAGCAGCAAGAUGCCACCCCAGCAGCCUGUCUGCUCCUCCAUCAGAGGGCCAAGAAGAAGAAAUUGGAGCAGGGGCGACUUCACAGGAACCACAAGCUUCUGCUGUGUGGAGGCUCUUUGACGAAAGAGCAACAGGAGACACUGCAGGGAGAAACCCUACAGCUGAUGCUAUGCUGGAGUUGAGGUCCUAUCUUGAGAAGCCCCUCAUCCAAAGAGCUGAAGACCCACUGAGCUGGUGGGAGGCCAAGGGUGCAGUCUACCCACGCCUGGUUAAGGUAAUGGGAGAAAGACUUUGCAUUGUCGCUACAUCGGUCCUCUCAGAAAGAGUCUUCUCAAAAACAGGACAAAUAAUCACGGAGAGGAGAAAUCGCAUUGGCCCAUCUAAGCUGAGGCUUCUGGCAUUUCUGAAUGCCAACCUGGCCUAAAAACUUUUAUUCAAAGAGUCAUAGUGUUGUGUUGUUGUUGAGUUUGGC